GUCUCCGAGUCUCCGCCUGCUCCGCUAUAGCUUUCACACCUGCCACCUGCCUGUCCUCCACCACACCUCAACCUCCACUUCACUUCACCUCACUUCACUUCAGCCGUCAACAGUUGGAGCGAUCUGCACCAAUCAAGGUGUGUCUCGACGCGUUCAAAGAUGCUGGCUUGUACGGAGAUGAUCACUAUGUGCCUGCAGUCGGCCAAACAGAAGCAUCUUCGGGCUCAGCUGCAUCAGCAGCAGCAGCAGCAGCAGCAGCAGCAGCCGCUCCACAGCACCGGGCAAGGGCUUACUAUCUUUCAUGAUAUUUUCCGCCGAGCAGACAAAAACGAUGAUGGCAAGCUGUCAUUUGAAGAGUUCAAUGCUUACUUUGCGGAUGGGAUCCUGACUACAGAGGAGCUACAGGAGCUUUUCUACUCCAUAGAUGGCCGACAAAAUAAUAAUCUGGACACUGACAAGCUAUCAGAUUACUUUUCUCAGCACCUGGGGGAGUAUAUCAAUGUCCUUUCAGCUCUGGAGAGCCUGAAUAUUGCCAUUUUAAAGGCAAUGGAUAAAACUAAAGAGGAGUACCAGGGUUCCAGUGUGUUGGGCCAGUUUGUCACCAGGUUCAUGCUAAGAGAGACAUCCAGUCAGCUGCUGUCUCUACAGAGGUCACUGCAGUGUGCCAUGGAGGCUGUGGAAGAGCAGAGCAGCCCUGCCCCGAGAGAGGUAAAGGCACCUGAGCUGACAGCAGUACAGAGGAAUGGCAGGCGGUGUGGUCGGAGGGUCCAUAAUAACCUGUGCAUGUCCCCAUCAGAUCCCUGCUCUGGCAUCCUGACCACAGGUGUGAACAUGGAAGAUGGAGAGAACUGGUGCUCCCAAAUCAACAGGCUGCAGCAACUACUGGAUAAACUGGAGUGUCAGAGUCCCAAGCUGGAGCCACUGAAAGAGGACACACUGGCCAGCACGUACAAGUCUAAUAUCUUGCUGGUUCAGAGGCAGAUGACUGUGACCGAUGAAGAUCUGGACAACUUCCGGAAAGUUCUGAAAAGCUACAUCGAUUCCACCUCAGCCCACUCUGACAACCUGCAUGUGUCCGUUCACAAGCUCCCAGGAAAGUCGUGUUACAUAAUGUAUGAGUUCUGGCAAGACCGCAUCUCCUGGAUGAGCUAUCUGCAGUCCAACAGCAGUAAAGAUUUCCAGCGCUGCAUCAUUGACAUGUUGGAGGAUGCUGAAGUAGUAUCUACUAUGUUGCUCCCAGCUUCCUGGUGGAUUAUGACUAACAACUAAUGAGUGAAUCCAGAAUGUCACAUCUACUGCCUACACUGUCACACGGACAAAGACACACUGGCGGAGCAACCCACCCACUCGCAUGCACACACUCACUCACUCACACACACAUGCAUUCAAAUACGCACGCAUACACACAUACAGAAGAAUUCAAAAGGCAUCCAUGUGUUUGAAAGCAACAGGAGACAGAGACAAUGGCGUCACCCAGCAUUCUCCAGCAGCAUCUUUUAAUGUUCCUCUGUCUUUGACUGCUCAUUAUUGUGCCGCUUAUAUCAAAAGGGAUAGUUGACACCCUAUAGCCAAUUUAUAGACUUGAAAGUGACUGAUUCUCUGCAAUGCAAAAGCCAAUUUUUUUUUUUUUUCAUUUAUAUUUUUAUUCAUAACCCUGCAGUGCUUGUUUGAUAUUAUUCCAGUGGAGAAAAGCCAAGAAGACACUAGUAUAGGUUACUACAGCGAUCCUAAAUUGGAAUGAAAAUUACAAUGCCUGUGGUGUUUUUGGGCUUUUGAUGAGUUGUGUACUGAUGAAUACAAUUAAACUGGAUGAAAAAGCAGACUGGAUGAGGAGAUGGAGAGUUCCUACGGCCUAAACAUGCAUGCUGAUGACUGUGGCCAAGAGCUUUCAGGAAUAGUUCCUUUAAAUCCUGGCUUGUAUAAUGUUGUAUGAUAUUGUAGAACUGUAUUUCCUUCAUUUAGCUACCUUACUGUAAUGUGCACAGAACGCCAAAAAAAAAAGCUAUUAUUAUAAAAGCUACACCUGCCCUGACAUCUAUCUGCAGUACUGCUAGAUAUAGUGGUCAGUUAUUUCUCUUAGUUUCCUCUCCUCAUUCUUCAGCCUGAGACACCUUCUUUGUCUCAAAUGUAAAAGUAUCUCUAAAAAUGUGCGUUAACACUCUGUGAGGAGACUUUAUUGUAUCACUACAUUAUAAAGAGAAAAUAUAUUUAAAGUAUCUUGUAUUUAUUUUGAUCAUGGUAGAGCUCAUUCCGUCUGUACAUUUGGACCUCGGAUAUAUUCAUAUUUCUGUUGUGCUUUGAUUUGGUAACGAACACCAAUACCUGUAAACAA